UGUUAAUAAUAUAUACAAUGCAAGCCUUAUCUAGAUAUGGUAGCCCACCCCAUAGGGAACACCAGCUACAUGAUCAGUGAUGGUACCACUACACGUUAACGAUACCCCCCGCCCUCCUCAUAGCCCACAGACGUCACUCGAGUUUUUUAAAUUUCAAUGAAGUAAUAUUACCCUCCUAUAUUGACCGCCAACCCACGCCACAAGGCCAGAGGGCCCCGCCCCUCCCCCUAUCGCGUGCGACCCCCUCUGGCAAGCAGUUCAAGUAUGCCUAAAGUACUUGACCUUUGUACGUUGGAGCUCUCUUUAUAUCUCAUUUCCAUAUUUCAUUGAAAUUUGAAUAAAUAUUCAAUACAAAUAAAAUGGCUCAUCUUCGAAGACUCGCAUCGCUUUCCACGAGAAGAUCUUUGAGGAAAUCCUUGUCAAGUUACUUGUAUUCGUCUUCGACAAAACUUCAAAACAACGUCGCUUUAUGUGGUACCACUUAUCGUCAUGUUAGUUCGAGUGGAGCAAAAUUACAGCCGGACACAGCAUCAAUCACAUUUCACGAUCGAGAUGGCGACAAGAAAACAGUUUCAGCCAAAUAUGGAGAUUCACUUCUUGAUGUUGCAAAGAAUAAUGAUAUUGAUUUGGAAGGUGCUUGUGAAGGAACUCUGAGCUGUUCAACUUGUCAUCUUAUAUUUGAUCCGGACGAAUUUGCCAAGUUGGAUCUACCUGAACCAGAUGAUGAAGAACUAGAUAUGCUUGAUCUGGCCUAUGGUUUGACACCAACAUCAAGACUAGGAUGUCAGGUUGACGUAACUGAAAAGUUUGAUGGAAUUACUGUAAAAGUACCUGAAGCAACGAGAGACGCAAGAGAUUUGUAACCGCCUCUGGAAAUGGAAUUUACUGUGGAUGUAACAUUAAAUAUUCUAAACAUGCUACAAACGUGUGAAACUUCUAGCAAUAAAUUUUAUUAUUUUAAUAAUUUAUUGUACCUGAGGAUGGCCGCGCUAUUGACAUAAUUUUUCUGUCUUCCAAAUACUACAGUAUUUUGAUAAUAAUAAAUGUAUUUUAUUAUUUCUGGUUUCUUCUG